AUGAGUGACGACGAAUUUAAAGAUAAUUUUCGUGUCACUCGUAAAACUUUUAGUUAUCUAUUAGAUAACUUAAAAGUCAUAUUAAGCCCAAAAGGAACAAGUCCUCGGGCUUCAAUACCUGUGGACAAAAAAAUAGCAAUUAGUUUAAAAGUUUUGGCAACCAAUUGUGAAUACCGAGAAAUCGGUAUAAUAUUUGGUGUUGGAAAGUCCACAGUCUGUCAUAUAUUUAAAUCAUUUAUAACAGCUGUGACUUCCAUUUUGUCGAAACACAUCAAAUUUCCAUCUGAUGAAGAGUUUCGACAAAUGGCCAUUGAUUUUGAGCAAUUAUGGCAGUAUCCAAUGGCAAUUGGUGCCAUCGACGGCUGCCAUUUUUGCAUCAAUGCGCCGCUAAAGCAGUCAACUGAUUAUUAUAAUUAUAAAAAUUUUAAAUCAGUUGUUGCUUUAGCUAUAUGUGAUGCAAAUUAUAAGGUUUGGUAUUUGAAGACUGGUAUCCCUGGAAGAACUAAUGAUUCAGGAGCCUUUAGAGAGACGAAACUCUUUAAAGACUUAGAAUCAGGAGUUCUUCCUAAAGAUACCAGAGUCUUCGGUGGUUCAAACAUCCCAUACCAUCUACUCGGUGACGGCGCAUUUGCAUUAAAAGAAUGGCUAAUAAAGCCAUUCAUAUAUAGGGACUCAGCACCUUCAGACCAACUUCUUUUCAACCGACGCCACAGCCGGGCCAGAAGAGUUAUUGAAAACACCUUUGGCCGCAUUAAAGGUCGGUGGCGUCGAUUAUCAAAAAAGUUGGAAGUGAAGAUUGAAGACGCGGGAAAAGUUAUCCACACGGCCUUCAUUCUUCACAAUAUAUGUGAAGAGCACCGGGAUGUCACAAAAACUGAGUGGUUACGGGACAUCACUCAUAUAACGCCCAGAAGAAGGAUUGAUGUCAAUCCUAUAAAUAUGGACUCCGCUAAUGUGAUAAGAAAUUCAUUAAAAGAUUUUUUUUUAUCACAAACAUCACAGCCCUGGAAUAUUAAAUAA